CCUUCGCCAUGACUCUCAAGAUCGCCAUCAUCGUGUGCCUGGCUGUGGUGGCCGUAGCUGAUCAGUCCCCUUACCCCCCUCCCCCUGCCUACGGACCACCUGCUCCUUACCACCCUCCACCACCUGCCUAUCACAGCGAACCACAGUAUCCUGAUGUUCCUCCCCAGUACACCUAUAACUACGGCGGUCGCCGACGGAUACUCCGGCGCCAACUUCGGCCACACAGAGUCCCGCGACGGCUACAAGACCGAGGGCAGCUACACCGUCGACCUCCCCGACGGCCGCAAGCAGAUCGUCAAGUAUGUGGACAACGGCGACGGUCUUGUAGCUGAGAUCACCUACGAGGGCGAGGCUCGGUACCCCGAGCACACGCCCGCCUACAGGCCCGCUCCUCCUGCGCCCUAUGCAUAAAUAUUUGCUAGCAUUGUUACUUUUCAUAUGUUGAUUCUUUGAAGCAUUAUUUUAAAUCCUAUAUCCCAUUUCCUUCAUAUCUCAUCACCAUUAAAGUUCCAGUUAACUGUGAACUUUUUAUAUUUUCAUGGAUACACUUGAAAAUAAACAAUUAUCUGUA